AUGAGCUCUUCCAGUCCUCCUCGCAAACACAUCAAGCUACAGUCGCCCUCGCCACCACCAGAGACUCAAGAUGAAGAGGGAGAUAACUGCGGCAUAUACUCGCAGCCUCUUGUAGACUGGACCAUCAUCCCUACUUGCUCGCAUGAGUUCUGUUUUGAUUGUCUCAUCGUUUGGGCUGAUCAAUCAAGGAAAUGUCCUUUGUGUGCUCAGACAAUGGGAGAGUACCUCAUCCAUCGGAUCCGGUCACUGAGGUCUACUCGUACAGUGAGGUCGCCAUUCAAGGAUUUGUUUGUGUAUGAUAGCAUCAUUCAGUACAAUAAGCCUCCCCAUGUAAGCUCGCCGCCAAGACCGAGACUGAGACUGAUGGUGAGAGCCAGACGAGCACCCCCUGUCAGAGAUCCAGGUCUAGGUCACCAACAACCUGCAACCAGGCUGGUGUACCGACUUCACCUGGAGAUUCCAGAUGGCACAAAGACGAUGUAUCUCCCGUCCGGUCGAUAUCCUGGUCCCCUUCUGGUUCGUCAUUACCCCAGCACAAUGGACACGCCUGCCUCGACUCCCAAUAUCAUUGAAUUGUCCAGACCUCGUGAUGUGAGGGGGAACUCAAGAGCUACCGACCUGACUGUGAAGGGAAAAUCUAGGGCAAAUACACCCUGUCUCUCUCCAGAACCCUCCAACAUACUCGAAACCUCACGUGCACAGUCCAAGAAGCCUAUUCGUAUGGCUUUGGAUUCCUUACGUGCACAUCUAGGUGCGACUUCGGCGUCAUCAUCGUCGAGUCCGAGUUUACUCUCCUGUUUAUCAUCCAGCGGUGAGAGGAGGAAAAGGGAGAAUAACUCUGCUGAUAUGCCCUGUUCUCAAUCUGCGAGUGACCAGGAUCAGUCAUCAGCGGAAAAGAAAGAAGACCUCUUGACAGAGGGUCGGGCGCGUUUACUGGGGAAGCUGCUGGAAGAGAGGAGGCAUGCGGCAGGAGGAGGAAGGCGAGGAGGAGAUAUUGAUGAUGCUGAGCGGAGGCUGAGGACGAGAGCAUUGGUGAGGGUGCGGCUUGCGGCUGAGAAGCAGGCAAGGGAAUGA